AUGAAAGAUGAACGUGUUUCAGAUUCCAGACUUUCACAGGUUCGGCCAGGCGAAAGGGUUGCGAACUUUCCGAAUCGCAAAGUCCGCAUGGAUCAUGUAUGCUGGAAUACCAUUUGGCUGGGCUCAAUUAACAAAUCAAAUCAAAUCAAAAGAGAAGAUAAAAAGGCUGUGGUAGCUGUCAAAGCGAAUAUGCCAAUGGUGCUCCAGAUACACCGGUUUCCCACAAGCCGGCAGCCUCUGCACUCUCACGCUGCAAGGCGCAUCUGCAGUAAACGGGUUAGCGAGUUUGCGGGGACGGUCCGAUGCACCUCAGACUCGGAAGGGCUCGCACCCGUUUAG